AACCCCUCAACAGGCGCCAGGCCGUUCCUAGCCAAUCAGGAGACAGGGUUAGGCUAUAAAUUGCGCACAGCAAGAGCAGGGCGCUUAUUGCUCUGUGCCUGGCCUGCAGAGAGGUUGGGACGCGCAGCAGCGAGGAUGGCUCGUACUAAGCAGACGGCUCGUAAGUCCACCGGCGGGAAAGCGCCCCGCAAGCAGCUCGCCACUAAGGCUGCCCGGAAAAGCGCCCCCGCCACGGGUGGGGUGAAGAAGCCCCAUCGCUACCGCCCCGGAACCGUGGCCUUGCGGGAAAUCCGCCGCUACCAGAAAUCCACCGAGCUGCUGAUCCGUAAGCUGCCCUUCCAGCGCCUGGUGCGGGAGAUCGCCCAGGACUUCAAGACGGAUCUGCGCUUCCAGAGCUCGGCUGUCAUGGCCCUGCAAGAGGCGAGCGAGGCUUACCUGGUGGGGCUUUUCGAGGACACCAACCUGUGCGCCAUCCACGCCAAGCGAAUGUCUGGUCGUGGCAAGGGUGGAAAGGGGCUGGGUAAGGGAGGUGCUAAGAGGCACCGUAAGGUCUUACGAGACAAUAUUCAGGGCAUUACCAAGCCAGCGAUCCGCCGCUUGGCUCGCCGUGGUGGAGUAAAGCGCAUCUCCGGGCUGAUCUACGAAGAGACCCGCGGGGUGCUGAAGGUUUUCUUGGAGAACGUGAUCCGCGAUGCGGUGACCUACACCGAGCACGCCAAGCGGAAGACGGUGACGGCCAUGGAUGUGGUGUACGCCCUGAAGCGCCAGGGGCGCACCCUGUACGGUUUUGGGGGUUAAACUUUUAGCCUAGAAACCAGAGUAACUGUUGCAACGCAAAGGUCCUUUUAAGGGCCACCCACUUCUGCACAGAAAGAGCUGGGUUUGUGAGGCACAGAAAUCUAAGUUUUCUACUACAAAUACUUAUAUCUGUGCUAUUGGAGUUGUAUUAAUGAGGUAGUUUCUGCUAACAUUUGUUCUCUGGAGUCUGCUGAGCAUUUUUACAGUUUAAAUUAGUUUAAAUUCACAACUGUAAACUGGCUGAUCUAUACCAUUGAGUCUAUAUAGUAUUCUACUAUUCAGAGCAAGGAAUUUCAAUCCAUUUCUGAAGAAUGAUAGAAUAGGAGAGGUUUCAGAGUAGCAGCUGUGUUAGUCUGUAUCUGCAAAAAGGAGAGCUUUUCCUGAAAUAAAGAAACAGUGAUUUC